CUUGCUUAUUUAUCCGAAAAGAGAAGGAUGUGGGUGUUACACGCAUAAAAAAGAUGUCUACUUUUCUCACGUUUUUUUUUCCUGCCGUUUCUCACGUUCUAUGUUCAGCUUUAUUCUUUUCAUCUCUUCCUCUGUCUCCAUCUCUAUCUCUCUCUAUCUCUGCCUCUUCGAUAACCACAACAAGAGCAACGACACGAUAAAAAGAAAGUAAAAGAAAUGGCUCAAGAUUCUCAGGAUAUCAAGAUUGGAUGGAUUGGGCUUGGAGAGAUGGGGCUUGGGAUGGCUACCAACCUUCAGAAAUACCUCUCUUCAAAAUCCUCUCCUUCUUCUUCACCAUCACAACAAUAUAAUCUCACGGUUUGGAAUCGGUCACCUGGCAAGACUGAAAUAGUUGAGGCCCUGGGAGCUAAAAAGGCUUCUUCCCUUCAAGAGCUAGUGUUGGAAUCCAAUGUCAUCUUUACAUCCCUUGCAAACGAUGCAGCGGUGCUAUCUGUCUAUCAAGAACUAUUCUCUUCCCUCACUAAGCUUCGAAUCAAGACACCACUCAUCUUUGUAGAAACCUCUACGAUUCAUCCGAGAACGGCUCAACAGCUCUCAGAUCGAUUGAAAUCACUUGCUCCUCAGCAUUCUUAUCUACAAUGUCCAGUCUUUGGCCGACCUCCUGCAGCUCAAGCUGGGGAAUUGGUCUGGGUGGCCACUGGACCUCCUGAACCGAUCUCAAGACUUAGACCUUAUUUCGAAUCCAUGUCCAAAUCUAUUAUCGAUCUCAAGACCCCAGAUGUGAAAGUCGCCAGUUCGUUCAAGUUGAUUGGUAAUUUCUUUGUUGCCGGUACUAUUGAGUUAUUAGCAGAGGGGCUGUCGUUAGCCGAGAAGACCGGAGUGGAUCAGGAAGCGGUCUUAAAAUUCAUUCAGUUGUUUUUCCCGGCUCCUUCUUGGACUGGGUAUAGUCAAAAGAUGGUGGAGGGGUCAAUUAUGAGCAAAGAAGGUGGUUUCUCUGUAGACUUGGGGAUGAAAGAUGUGGGUCAUAUAAGGGAUUUAGCCAAGGAUAAUGGAGCCCAUGUACCAACAGCGGAUUUGAUGUAUCAACAUUUAACCACUUUGAAGGAUCAAGGGAAAGGGAGCCAGGAUUGGGGCAGCGUGAUUCAAGUCUUGAGAAAAGGCCCGCCUUCAUCUUAAACCAUAUAUAUAGCCUUUCCCACUUCCCUGUUCCCACUUACCACAUCUCCCGUUAUCCCAUUCAUAGUAUUUUACUUUCCUUCCUUAUGAAUGUGAAUAUGAAGUUGAACCGAUGUAUAUUUGCAUCAACUUAAUGCAAGAAUAAAAGCGGUCCUUGUUUGGUAAUAUGCUGCAC